GUGGCGUCGUGGAGACUCGGAGUCUCCGCAGAUUUGUCGUCCACUCUGAUCCCGAAGCAACAGUUUUCAGACAGCCUCCUGAAACGUAAUGCCACCAGCGGGUCCCGAGGCUUCACAACCGCCGCGUAUCUUCUCAGAAACGACUUUUUAAAACAAACUGCGGAGUUAACCAUUCGGUGUCGAUGUCAGCGCGAGCGCAGGUAGUGAAGCGUAGAAGUGACGUCAUCCCGGAAAAAGAAGAAAAAGAAGAAGAAGAACUCGUAGUGCAGGUUGUUCGUGUGUACAACAACCUGUAAUUUUAUUACAAGAAAAACGAGCGAAGAGCGCCUAAAUGCCUUUUAACCACAGAAUAGUUCUCGGUUAUAACUAUUUUUAAAAAGUAAAAAGACCGAAAAGCAAAGAUGGAGGAGCUGUGGAAGAAGAAGCUGUACGUGGUGGUGGACGUGUUGUCUUGUGUCCUCGCUGCAUUGCCCUUCAUCAUUUUGAACAUUCUGAACAAGCCGUAUCACAGAGGGAUUUACUGUGAUGACCAGAGCAUCAUGUAUCCCAUAAAAGAAGACACCAUUACUCAUACCAUGUUGGCUGCUGUCACCAUCUCCUGCACUGUUGUCAUUAUCACUUCAGGAGAAGCAUAUCUUGUUUACAGUAAGAAGAUUUACUCAAACUCGAGCUUUAACCAGUAUGUAGCUGCCCUAUACAAAGUAGUAGGAACCUUUUUGUUUGGAGCAGCUGUCAGUCAGUCAUUUACAGACUUGGCCAAGUUCACAAUCGGCCGCCCGAGACCCAACUUCAUGGCUAUGUGCGCCCCCAAAAUCUGCACAGGAUACAUGCAGGUGAUCAACUGUACGGGCAGACAUCAAGACAUCAUGGAGUCCAGGUUGUCCUUCUACUCAGGCCAUUCCUCUUUUGGAAUGUACUGCAUGCUCUUCCUAGCGCUUUAUGUCCAGGCAAGAUUGGUGGCUAAGUGGGCCAGACUUGUCCGGCCCACAAUCCAGUUCUUCUUGGUGGCCUUUGCUGUGUAUGUGGGUUACACCCGGGUUUCUGACUACAAGCACCACUGGAGUGAUGUGCUGGUGGGGCUCCUGCAGGGGGCACUGGUUGCUCUUUUCAAUGUGUACUUUGUGUCAGACUUCUUUAAGAAGCGUCCUCCACCUUGCACUCGGCCAGACCCGGCUGACAGUGAAGAUCCAGAGAGGAAACCCAGCUUGCACCUUGCAGACUCUGAGCACUGCAAUCAUUACAACUUUCAUCACCCCAAUACCAGGUCUUUGCGAUCAGGGUUGUAGCUGGACAACGAAAGCUGCAGCAUGCAGAACCCAUGUCAUGGGAUCCAUCUGAGGGGCUUAGACUCGGAUUGUGCAGUUAGCAUCAUUUACUUAAAUGUGUAAAGGGUGAUGAUAACAGAGGUCAUGUUAUUCUGUAGGUUGUCACGUCAGAUUAAGUUUAUAGUGCUCAACCACGAUUAUGUAAUUAUGUUUCAAAGGGCUAAAGCUUUGGGUCUUGGGUCUGUAGGUUGCAGCCUCGGUGCUACAGCUCCCUUCACGUCAACCACUCGUGCGCUGCCUGCUCCAAAAACCACUGGACUGACUAGAGGGGCUGUAUCUCAUUACCAGGUGCCUGACCCCUGCUCACACGUGAUGACCCCCUUUUCUCCUGUAAGAGAGAGAGGAGCAUUUUAAUUUGAAAACAUCAUUGUUGAUGUUGAAGCAUUUCUGCUUAAAGCUGCAUUAAGUGAUUGUUUUUACCUUUGACACUCACAUCUGUCUCUUAAUGGAGCUUUAAAUGUUUAUCUUUUUAACAUCUCUGUCUAGAAAAUCAAGUUGUUUUUUAUGGUAACAUAAAUGUCAGAAUGAGAGGAUGAAGGAGUGUUUAUAGGUUAACGGAGUGCUUCCAUUAGUUGGCCUCAUGUUCGAGCACCUUAUACUGGUUACACACUAAAAGACGUCUGCAAAACAUAAAUUGUGGAAAUAGCAACAUUGAAUAAAUAGUUCCUUUUACUUAUUCCUUUUUGCUCAGAGUUGCCAUAACAGAUCCAUGCAUCCGUAUGUUGAUUU